AUGGGCAGACUCAUCAAGAACCACUGGGCACGCCUCAUUAUGCUCACCGCAGCUACCUACCAGGUCGCUGCCGCUGUUGAAGGCUUCCUCUGGCCCAAGAUCUUCUGGGACUUUGCCACCAAGAACCUCGACGCCGCCGUCAAGCCCAUCCCCGUCCUCCAGCUGCUCAACCUCUUCUUCGGCCUCGGCAUGCUGGCUCUAGAGUGGCCUCUCGGCGUCGUUGCCGGCACCAGUCUGCAUCGCUCCCUCGAGUUCCGUCUCAUCUUCCUCCCGCUCACCAUCCUCGCCUCCAUCCUCAUGUACCAGUCCACGAACCCGGCCAUUUACUACCUUAUCGGCAUGGCCGCUUAUUUUUGGGCCUACAGUGAAGGCGAAAUUAUAUGCGCAAAGCCCUGGACGCUGCCUCAGCGGAUGCCACGCAACGGUCUCUCACGAGCAUGA